AUGGCGGCCUUCAAGCUCUCUUUACUUAUACUGUUACUCCUGUUUGUGGUAGUGCCAAGCUCGAGUGUCGACGUUUCUGUCCAAAAAGAUCCCGAGCUGAAACAGUGCAGGCAUCAGUGUACACACCAGACAGGCUUCGAUGAAGCACAGAAGAGCCAAUGCGAGCAAAAGUGCAAGGAAUACAUUAGAGACAAGAGAGAGCAAGAGAGAAGAGAAAGAGGAGGAAGAGAUGAAAAAGAAGAUGAAAGCCACUACAAUAGAAAAGAAAGAGAGGAAACAAGAAGCGGUGAAGGGGAGCGAGUAACAGAGAGGAGCCCGUACGUUUUUGAAGAAGAGCAUUUUGAAACCAGCAUUAAAACAGAGGAGGGAAGAGUUCAUAUUCUCCGAAAGUUCACUGAGAAGUCGAAGCUUUUGAAGGGAAUUGAGAAUUACCGAGUAGGGUUUCUCGAGGCCAACCCCAGUGCUUUCAUUGCCCCGGUUCACCUUGAUGCCGACUGCGUCUUCUUCGUUGCUACUGGGAAACCGACUGUAACCCUGUUGAGAGAGGAUAAGAGAGAGACUUUUAACCUUGUCCAAGGAGAUAUUCUAACCAUCCCAGCAGGAACCCCUGUAUAUAUCGUCAACCGGGACGAAAACGAAAAGUUGUUCAUUGUCAAGCUAAUCAACCCUGUCUCUCUACCUGGCCGCUUUGAGCCAUUUUAUGGGGCUGGUGGUGAAACCCCAGAGACGUUUUACAGAGGCUUCAGUUGGGAGGUACUUAGUGCCGCUUUCAAGAGAGAAAGAGAUGAGUUAGAAAGGCUGUUUAGACAGCAAAAGCGAGGGAGCAUUGUCAAGGCCUCGAGGCAACAAGUUCAGGAGCUGAGCCGUCAUGCUGAGGGUGGUGGUGGCACCGUUUGGCCGUUCGGGCAAGAAACGAGAUCAUCAGGUCCUUUCAAUCUAUUCCGAAAACAUGCUACUCAAUCGAACCGCUUUGGCCGCCUUUACGAAGCUAAUCCCAGUGAUCACAAGCAACUCCAAGACCUCGACGUUAUGAUCACCUUUGCCAACAUCACACAAGGAGCUAUGGCGGCACCAUUCUACAACUCAAGGGCAACAAAGAUAGCAUUCGUAUUAGAUGGUGAAGGGUACCUCGAGAUGGCUUGUCCACACAUUUCAUCGGAGCAAGGUCGCCGGGGCAGUCCGUGGCAGGGAGAGAAGGAAAAUAGACCAGAAAUACAGAGAGUCACCGGACGGCUUAGACGCGGUGUGGUGUUUGUGGUGCCGGCGGGGCAUCCAGUCACAACUAUUGCCUCUGGAAAUAACAACCUUCAGAUUGUGUGUUUUGUAGUAAAUGCCGAAGGCAACGUUAGGUACCCUCUUGCAGGAAAACGCAAUAUUGUGACUGAAAUGGAGAACGUGGCGAAAGAGUUGGCGUUUAGCGUGCCAGCAAGAGAAGUGGACAGAGUUUUUAAGAGCCAAAAUGAGGAGUUUUUUUUCCCGGGGCCAAGGUCAACCCAACAAGAGGAAGGUGGGCAACGCGCUUAUGCAUCAUAAAUGCGUGCAUACGUACGUGGAUGAGAGAUCAGAGAGAGUUGCAUACUGCUGAGAGUAUGUAAUGAAGUCAUAACUUCGUUACAAUACUGUAUCGAUAUAUAUACAUAUAUAUAAAUGUAUAUGUAUAUAUAUAUUAUGGAAUGUAUAUAUAGCCGAACCCCAAUCCAGUGGAUAUGUAAAAGUUGAUGUAAUAUCAACUCCACCGGACAUGUCUUUAAAUAAGAAUUAUCAAGUUUUUUUUCGUUUCAA